AUGUUGAAGCCGUUUGUCAUGGUCGUGGAGGCGCUGAAUGCUGACAUGAAGCUGAAGCGAGACGAAGCGGUGGGACCCCGAAGAGAAAGUGUGAAGCCUCAGCCGCAGGCUAGCCGACCUCGUCACGGCAGGUUCGCCGGCAACUCGCCCUUGCGAGCAACCUUUCGCUGUCGGAAAGUCCGUUGCUUCGGACGACGGCAUUUCAUGCAGACGCUGCUCGUCGUGCUGGUGUGGAGAGGGUCCGUGUCAAACUUGGACCCUGAAUUUCGCAAGAAGCUAGAAUGUGUCACGUCUUAG